AUGGCCACUAACUACAGUGCCAACCAGAUCGAUUCCUCCCUAUAUACCUUUGUCACUGUAGAGAACAGCAUCCUCAUCUCACCUACGGGGAAGCCACUGAGCCUCACAGGAACACUCUCUCCUUUCUCUCCACAGUACGAAAAAGCUUACUUACCCACGUACCUGCAAAAUUGGUCUCCUGCAAAGCCAACAAAAGAGAAAAUCGCUACCCAUGAAGGUUACACUCAGAUCAUCGCCAACGAUCGAGGCCAUCUCUUGCCUUCAGUGCCCCGUUCCAAGGCAAGUCCUUGGGGUUCUUUCAUGGGCACCUGGCAAAUGCCCCUGAAGAUACCACCUGCUCAUGUGUCCUUGACGGCCCGUACAACUGCUGCUGCUGACUCCCUCACCAAAUGGAUACACAAGAACCCCGACCUACUCAAUGCCUGUAACGGGCUGCAUCCUGAAAUCUCAGGCAAGCCCUUUGACCUCAACAGUCAGAAGAAACAGAAAUCUGUCACAAAGACUGUACAACAAGCACCAAACCCAACCAUAAUUCCCAGCUCCCCGGUUAUCCAAGGAGACGACUCAGGUGAAACUCAAAGUUCACACCCCUCUGCAGGUCACACUCCAGGUCCCCAAACUCCAGCCAACUCUCCCAAGAACCCACCUCUGAGCCCAUGUUAAAGCACCAAGCAGGUUCUAGUCUACCUGAGAUCCAAACAAGCAAAGCUGUGCAGGGAAAAUGCCAUGCUGAGGCGACAUUUUAGAGACCGACUGGAACGAGUAAGACCCUGUAUUCAGGAAUGUGGACUAGAGAAAUGA